GAGGCGAGCGGAGCCCGGGCGGCGUCGAGCGGGGCGAGGGGCGCGGGCUGGAGCCGCUGCCCGCCCGCCCCACAGCCGGGGAGCGCCGCGGGAAGGGGUAGCUCGAGCUCGCCCCGAGCGAGGAGCAGCGCCGCAGCCAUGGGGAACCGCGGGAUGGAGGAUCUCAUCCCGCUAGUCAACCGGCUGCAGGACGCGUUCGCCGCCAUCGGGCAGAACGCCAACCUCGACCUGCCGCAGAUCGCCGUGGUGGGGGGGCAGAGCGCGGGCAAGAGCUCCGUGCUGGAGAAUUUCGUCGGGAGGGACUUUCUGCCACGUGGAUCUGGCAUCGUAACCAGGCGCCCGCUGGUCCUGCAGCUUGUAAAUGCCAGCACAGAAUAUGGUGAGUUCCUACACUGCAAAGGAAAGAAAUUCACUGAUUUUGAGGAGGUCCGUUUGGAGAUUGAGGCUGAAACAGAUCGUGUUACUGGCUCCAACAAAGGGAUUUCCCCUGUGCCCAUCAAUCUCAGAGUCUACUCUCCCCAUGUCCUGAACCUGACUCUGGUGGAUCUGCCGGGUAUGACAAAAGUCCCCGUGGGGGAUCAGCCCCCUGACAUCGAGUUCCAGAUCCGAGACAUGCUCAUGCAGUUUGUCACCAAAGAGAAUUGCCUCAUCCUGGCAGUGUCCCCAGCCAACUCUGAUUUGGCCAAUUCUGAUGCCCUGAAGAUCGCAAAGGAGGUGGAUCCUCAAGGCCAACGCACCAUUGGGGUCAUCACGAAGCUGGAUCUUAUGGAUGAAGGAACUGAUGCAAGAGAUGUAUUAGAAAACAAAUUGCUUCCACUCCGUAGAGGUUACAUUGGUGUAGUCAACAGAAGUCAGAAGGACAUAGAUGGCAAGAAGGACAUUCAGGCAGCUCUGGCUGCAGAGAGGAAGUUUUUUCUCUCCCACCCAGCCUACAGACACAUGGCUGACCGCAUGGGAACCCCCUUCCUGCAGAAAGUACUGAACCAGCAAUUGACCAACCACAUCCGUGACACCCUGCCAGGGCUGCGGAACAAGCUCCAGAGCCAGCUGCUUUCCAUUGAGAAGGAGGUGGAGGAGUACAAGAACUUUCGCCCUGAUGACCCUGCUCGCAAGACCAAAGCUCUGCUUCAGAUGGUCCAGCAGUUUGCUGUGGACUUUGAGAAACGCAUUGAGGGCUCUGGAGACCAAAUUGAUACCUAUGAGCUGUCAGGAGGAGCGAGGAUUAACCGCAUCUUCCAUGAGCGCUUCCCCUUUGAGCUGGUGAAGAUGGAGUUUGAUGAGAAGGAGCUGCGGCGGGAGAUCAGCUACGCCAUCAAGAACAUCCAUGGUAUCAGAACCGGUCUCUUCACACCCGACAUGGCCUUUGAGACCAUUGUGAAAAAGCAGGUGAAGAAGAUUAAAGAGCCUUGCCUGAAAUGCGUGGACAUGGUCAUUUCGGAGUUAAUCAAUACUGUUAGACAGUGCACCAAGAAGCUCAGCCAAUACCCUCAUCUGCGUGAGGAGAUGGAGAGGAUUGUCACCACUCACAUCCGGGAGAGAGAAGGCAGGACCAAGGAUCAGGUCAUGCUUCUAAUAGACAUCGAGCUGGCUUACAUGAACACAAACCAUGAGGAUUUCAUUGGCUUUGCCAAUGCUCAGCAGAGGAGCAGCCAGAUGAGCAAGAAGAAGGCAGCUGGCAAUCAGGAUGAGAUCCUGGUGAUCAGAAAGGGCUGGCUCACCAUCAACAACAUUGGGAUCAUGAAGGGUGGCUCCAAGGAGUAUUGGUUUGUCCUGACAGCGGAGAACCUCUCCUGGUACAAGGAUGAUGAGGAGAAGGAGAAGAAGUACAUGUUACCAGUGGAUAACCUGAAACUGCGAGAUGUGGAGAAGGGGUUCAUGUCUAGCAAGCACAUCUUUGCUCUCUUCAACACUGAACAGAGGAAUGUUUACAAGGACUACCGGCAGCUGGAGCUGGCCUGUGAGACCCAGGAGGAGGUGGAUAGCUGGAAAGCCUCCUUCCUUCGUGCAGGAGUGUACCCAGAGCGUGUUGGGGACAAGGACAAAGCCAGUGAGGCAGAGGAGAAUGGAGGAGACAGUUUCAUGCACUCCAUGGACCCUCAGCUGGAGAGACAAGUGGAAACAAUCAGGAACCUGGUGGAUUCCUACAUGGCAAUUGUCAACAAAACCAUCAGAGACCUCAUGCCGAAGACAAUCAUGCACCUCAUGAUAAACAAUACCAAGGACUUCAUCCACUCGGAGUUGCUGGCGAACCUGUACUCGUGUGGGGACCAAAACACGCUGAUGGAGGAGUCGGCGGAGCAGGCCCAGCGCCGCGACGAGAUGCUGCGCAUGUACCACGCCCUGAAGGAGGCCCUCAACAUCAUCGGGGACAUCAACACCAGCACCAUCAGCACCCCCAUGCCCCCACCGGUGGACGACUCCUGGCUGCAGGUGCAGAGCGUACCGUCCGGACGCAGGUCUCCCACGUCCAGCCCCACUCCUCAGAGGAGAGCUCCGGCAGUGCCGCCCGCCAGACCUGGGUCUCGCGGACCAGCUCCUGGGCCACCUCCUGCUGGUGGGUCCACGCUGGGUGGUGCCCCCCCUGUGCCCUCCAGGCCAGGUGCCUCUCCUGAUCCCUUCGGGCCCCCACCUCAGGUUCCUUCUCGGCCUAAUCGUGCUCCUCCUGGUGUUCCCAGGGCUCCCAAAGUCUGAAGUUGCCCCUUUUCUCCUGGCCCAGAGUUCUUCAAGCAGAAGGGGCCCCGCCUCACCUACUCGACCCACCAUAAUCCGACCGGCCGAACCGUCCCUCUUAGAUUUAUAACUUGAGGCUGUAGACAGCUGGCGACGAGCGCCGUGCCGGCGGCUUCCCCAUCCCACCCUCCCUUCCUCAGCCACAGUCACUCCUCUCAUCCAUCCCACAUCUCUGCCUCCCGCCACCCCCUUCCCAGUGUGUUGUAAAAAAACACUAGUGAUCGAGCUCUUCGUCUUCGCUCGUGCGUCCUGUAUUGCUUUGUGAGCGUAGAGUAGCCUUCAUUCAGUGGCAUGGAUCCCUGAAGUACACAGGCUCCUUGGAGAGAUCAGCCACAGGGACACCCUUAAGUCCAAGUGGUGGCUGUCCAUCCAGUAAUUCCAUCUGCCUGGAUAAGUGUCCUGCCUGCACCACUUAGUUGUAGCACCCAGGACUGAUCUGUAGCUAUUUUCUUUUCUUGUAGUUAAGACAAAGGUGUGACUUAGGGGAAAAAAAAAAACACAUGCUGUCGAAACACGUGACACCGUUAGGAACAGAUUAGAUGUCCUGUGUAUUAGUUUGACUUCUAAGGUGCAAAAUUUCAUGUUGGGAACAGUGCAAUCAACCUUUUAUCAAAGUGAGGCAGGGAGGGGGGGAAUGAAUGGAUCUAGUCCUGCUAGAGUGAAGUCUGAGAUAGCGCACACACCUCAGCGUGCAGGAGCACACAGACCUGCUCGGCUCCCCAGGGCUGGGGAAUUCCUGCUGGGGACACACUGGCUCCUGCCAGCAGUUGUCUUGCAUCAUCAUUUUUGGCUGACUUUCCUGACACCCCAGCGGGGCGAGGGGAAUAGACACGCUGCUCCCCCCUUGCACACAGACAGCCAAAUGUUUCAGGGAGUUCGCUGUGUGAUGUUCUGUUGAAAAUAUUUCUGCUUUGAAUAAGCACAUCUUUCAGUGUUUUUGGGGUACUGUGGUGACUUUCUUCCGUAGCCUUUUUCUUGCAUGUGGAUGGUACGUGUUUGGGGAAACUUGUAACCGUUGUUGAUCACAACUCAUCUUAAGGUUUGGUUUUUACUCUUCAUGCUACAUGUAUUAAAAAAAAAAAAAAUCAAAAAACUUGAGAAUUAAAAAAAUAUAUCAACCCUGUACAUCUCAGAUGUCAUGUCUCUACCAGAGCUGAAUGAGCCACCUGUGUUCCAGGCUUUCCUCCAGGCCUGAUUCACGUUGAAGUUCUCUCGUUUCAGUGCUAUUGCUCUUAAUUUCUGUUGUGGAUCCUCUAUUGUUCUGAUGCCAGUUCCUUUCUGUAUUUUAACUAUUGUUUUACUACUUCUCCUCCUUUUCCUUCCCUCUCCCUUUUUCUUUGUUUUUUCUUGUCUUUAACCUCCAGCCGGCCGGGUAAGGCCAGUCCCGCCCGCCCGGAGAGCCCAAAACCACCAUUUGACAUGUAGUCCUGCUCCCUCUGAGACUCUUUGCCUGCUCUUAGCUGUUCUGUCCUGGAAUGGUCUGACUCGAAUCUCACACAUGGCUUGUUUUCUUUGUAAUUUGUGACACACACAUAUCAGAUGUGAUUGUAGUGAAACUGUUUUUUGGGGGGGGGGGGUUUUUUGUUUGGUUUUUUUUUUUUUCUUUUUUCUUCCCAGCUGCUUAAAGGAGUUAAACAAGUAUAUUGUAGUAAUGAGAAACAUAUCUUUACUGUUAUAAAUAUCUAUAAAUAUAUAUAUAAGAUGAAAAAUCUAUAUAUGUCCAGGUGUUUAAAGCCAUUUGUGCUUCCAUGUGAAUUUUAGGAAAUACUCAAGUAGGAAAAGAAUAUCUAUAUACAUAUAUAUAUACACAAAGACAUCCAAAAAGUUAACCAAAUCCCAAUGUUGAGUUUUUGAGCUGAUUGUUAAAUUCUCUGCUGUGUGCAGUUGGGUUAUUGUAUUACCCCAGACUUGUGGGUGAACUGUCUCAGUGCUGGUAGUAGCUGUGAUGCAGUUUGUGAUCUACCUGUCACUCUCGUUUAUUGGAUGAAAUAAACUCUCAUUUCUGUAUAAUGAAGGUCUCCACGACUAGAAUAAAACCAUCUCUCUUUC